ACGCACGCACACACACACAGAGCAGACACACACUUUCUCUGCGUACAUUCAUCAGUCUUAUGCUCUAUAAAUUCACAUGUAUGACACUACUAUUAUUCUACUUCCUUUUCUGUAAUUAAAUAGAGAAAUUAAUUAAUUACCACAUAACUGUAUGUACAUACACGUAUUUAUAUAGCUCUCAUAAGUGUGUGUUGUGGGUGUGAAGAAGAUCUAAACUCAUCAAUCAAAAGGGUCACUUUCCUUGCCUCUAUCAUUUCCUAACGGUGUGGAAGCUGGAAGGAUUGAAAAGGUGGUUCUUUGAGCUUUAAUGCGGGCUGUUAGGGGAUUUGCUCUGGUGCUCGAGAGUUAGCAGGUCUCGUGUCACCAGUUGUUGUAGAGGGAAAAGAAAAUGGCUCCAGCUAGCAAGGCAGAUAAGAAGGCUGCAGUUGACGCAGCAGCAUGGCUGUUCAAUGUAGUGACGUCAGUUGGGAUUAUCAUUGUCAAUAAAGCCUUAAUGGCUACAUAUGGUUUUAGUUUUGCUACAACAUUAACUGGUAUGCAUUUUGCUACUACAACAUUGAUGACGGCUGUACUUAGGUGGCUGGGUUACAUCCAAUCUUCACAUCUACCUUUUCCAGAGCUUCUGAAAUUUGUCCUAUUCGCAAACUUCUCAAUUGUGGGAAUGAAUGUCAGUUUGAUGUGGAACUCCGUAGGAUUCUAUCAGAUAGCAAAGCUGAGUAUGAUCCCUGUUUCCUGCUUAUUGGAAGUUGUAUUUGACAAAAUUCGAUAUUCAAGAGAUACAAAACUCAGCAUUGCUCUUGUCCUCCUGGGUGUUGGCGUCUGCACAGUCACUGAUGUUAGUGUCAACACUAAAGGAUUUGUUGCUGCCUUUAUUGCAGUUUGGAGUACUUCUCUGCAACAGUAUUAUGUUCAUUUCCUUCAACGGAAAUACUCUCUUAGCUCAUUCAAUCUUCUAGGACAUACAGCACCAGCCCAGGCUGCAUCUUUGCUGCUAGUAGGCCCAUUUCUAGAUUAUUGGCUGACAAACAAGAGGAUUGAUGCCUUUAACUUCACUGUACCGUCUUUGGUGUUUAUAGUCCUUUCAUGCACUAUUGCAGUUGGAACAAAUCUGAGCCAGUUCAUCUGCAUUGGCAGAUUUACUGCUGUCUCAUUCCAGGUUCUUGGCCAUAUGAAAACCAUUCUCGUUUUGAUCCUGGGGUUCUUAUUUUUCGGGAAAGAGGGUCUUAAUUUACAUGUGGUCAUUGGCAUGAUUAUUGCUGUCGUUGGAAUGGUAUGGUAUGGCAAUGCUUCUUCCAAACCAGGUGGAAAGGAGCGUCACAGUCAUUCAUCUCGAAGCAGCCAGCAGAAGCAUGGUUCAGAAUCUUCUGAAAUUGAUGAGAAAGUCUGAGCGUUUUCUUCUUUGCAAAUUGAGUAUACAAGGAUAGCCCAUACAGAGAAUUUUUCAGUCGUCUGACUCUAGAUACACAAGUCUAAAAUCCAUCAUUGUGUAGUGUUUUCUGAAUUUUGUAAUUCUUAUAUAUUUCUUAAUGAUGUCAAAGUCCCUUGAAGCUUGUAAGGGAUACUUGGUAGAGGGCUUAGAUCACCCCUGGAUCUUCCUGUUUUGAUUGCUGAUCAUAAUUUAUAGAAAUUAUUUUUUCUUGGUGCCAA